UAAUUUGUAAUGGCAUUUUUCUUUAAAUUUCAGAUUAUACAAUCGGUCAGCACAGGUUAGACGAGGAAUUUUCAAACAACAACAACAAGAUCAUACAACGUACGUUGACACCGAUUUUCAAGCGCCCAGCGUCGUCAGAUGCUUCUGGCACAAUGAAGGACCUCAGACGCGCACCUAAAGCUGACUUUCCUCAAUUUGCAGAACUUGCUAAAAUAUCUAAUAGACCAAACUAUGAUAACACGGACAGUUGGUUGCAACAUGGAUACAAGACUGACGAUUCUUUCCGUCCGUUUGGUUGUAAAUAUUGUUUGAAAAAGUUUACGUAUAAGGGUGAUUUAAAGAGGCAUGUGCGUAUUCAUACAGGGGAGAGGCCAUUCCAAUGUCAGUAUUGUGAAAAAUCGUUCACACAGAGUACUCAUUUAAAGUUACAUGUAGUGAGACAUAUGGACCCUGCUGAUAACUUAAGCAUAGACCAGUUAAGAGAGCCAAACACACCUGCUUGGAGUGUUGUAAACAGGACUAGUUCUUCAACAGGAUUUUGGGCUGGUUCCACAGCAUCAAAUUUAUCAAUUAAAUCUGAGAAAUCGCAUAGUACCAGUCUAGGAUAUGACUUAGGUGCUCUGAGACAUUUUGUUGAGACAAAUAGUGGGAAAAAAGUGCCUCCUGGUGAAUAUACUUGUGAGAUAUGUGAUCCUGCUCUUGAUAGACUUCUGAUAGACCAGAAUGCAACACAAACAAUGAUGUCGGGUGGCACGCAUGCAGCCAGUCCUCGGUUAAAUCCAACCUCGGCCCAAGAACUUGCCAGUCUCAGAAACAGUGCCCAUCCUUGCCCAUUCUGCACCAAGAUAUUUGGAGCAAAAGCCGAUCUUGGCCGACAUUUGUUAAUUCACACUGGAGAUAAACCACAUAAAUAUAUUGUACACGGUAUGUGCAUGGACGCAACAUCACGAGGUACGGUUUCUGUACAUCGUAGAGCUCGGGUUCCGAUGACCUGUCAGAUUUGUGGGAGCCAGCUGAAAUCCAAGCAGAAUCUUCAGAUACACAUGUUGCAACAUACGGGAGAAAAACCGUGGUCUUGCCCGUACUGCGACAAGAAGUUCCGUCGUUCACAGAACUUUGGAGAAGAUGUUUCUAUGAACAUUCCAGCAGAUUUUCACCAAAUUUACAGUCAGAUGCCUGCAGGUCACCAAGCAGGCUCCGCUGGUCAGCAAGCAGGAUCUCCCGGCAGGUUUAUUUUUUUCUGUUUUCUUUCAGAUUUAACAUUACCAUCCUGGCAGCAUACUAGUAUUUUAUCCGACGAGAUGUUAAAGUCAACACCCACGUCAGGAUUUGACUGCGAUAUUUGUGGUCGGAGAUUUUCACAGAAGGGUAACAUGAAGAAGCAUUACCUUAUACACACUGGAGAGAAGCCGUACAAAUGCGACCAUUGUCCAAUGAGAUUUAGACGGACGGACCACCUGCAGAGUCACAUGACCACACGGCAUAUGGAAAAGCUUGAAGAAAAAUUCAGGCAGCGUUCAAAAAAUGUAUACAACAGUUCACAAGGCUACGAGCAAGCCCGACAUAUGAUUCCUCCGCAGAAUUACUCAUCAAGGACAAUGCCGUCAUGCCAUAUCUGUGGGAAGGGGUUUUCAUUCAAGCAGAAUCUAAAAACACACAUGAAAAUACACAGUGGAGAGAAGAAGUUUAAGUGUGAGGUGUGCAAUAAGGCUUUCAGACUUAAACACCAUCUUCAAGGUCAUAUGAUGACCCAUAUGAAUUCAGAGUAG